AUGUCAAAUCCCGGGACCCCUUUGGGGCUUUUACUAUGGCAAAAGAUCCGUAGCCUUAAUACUCGAAGUAUCAUGGGCGUCCCUGGUGAUAUGAACCUUGAAUUACUGGAUUACAUCAAUGAAGUUGAUGGCAUGAGUUGGGUUGGAAAUGCAAAUGAGCUCAAUGCUGCAUACGCCGCAGAUGCAUAUUGCAGAGUGAGCGGAUCUCCAGGAGUUCUCGUGACAACAAUGGGUGUCGGCGAACUAAGCGCAAUCAAUGGUAUCGCUGGGUCGUACACGGAACAAGUGAAAGUGAUACACAUCGUUGGAACGACAAGCAGGACUGCCAUGGAAAAACACCUGAUGAUACACCACUGCUUGGGACCUUCGCCUGACCAUAAGGUUUACGAAAAAACAUCACAACACGUCCGGGCAGCUCAUUGUUGGCUGGACAAUCCUGCAACAGCGGCUCGUGAAAUCGAUAGGGUCAUCCAUGAAUGCUAUGCACAGUCAUUACCAGUCUACAUUUUUAUUCCUUCAGACAUGGUCCAUCUACGGGUGCCUGAUCAACCAUCAACUGGACUUGAUCUGGUGCCUCGCACGGACAAGUUCAGCAGAGAGUCUGCGAUUUCUGUCACGCUACCUCUGCUCUACAACGCGAAGGCCCCGGCAGUAAUUGUCGAUGGAUUGACGGCGCGCCACCUUGGAUCUGACGUUACGCGCGAACUGGUGGAUCUCCUGCAAUUUCCCACAUACUCGACUUCGAUUGGCAAAGGUAUCGUCGAUGAGACGAAGCCAUAUUUUUGCGGAAUUUAUAACGGACAGGUCUCGAUACCUGGAGUGUGUGAAGCUGUCGAACAGCAGAGCGAUCUGGUCCUCGAUCUUGGACCUCUACUGUCAGAUUCCAAUACGGGUGGCCACACUCGGAGCAUUGCAGAGCAUAAAUUGAUACAAGUUCACCCUCAUCAUGUUAGCGUUCGGGGUGUCGCUUAUCGUAACAUUGGUCUGGUAGAGUUUUUGUCCACUCUCUUGAAGAGUGUCGAUGAAUCCAGGCUGCCACGCCUUACUGCCCCUGGGAGGAGCCCACUGCCUCCAGCCAAAGACGCUGACUCAGACUCGAUUACUCAAUCGUGGAUAUGGACGCGCUUUGGUGAGUUUUGCAAACCUGGUGACAUUCUUAUAGCAGAUUCGGGUACUGCUCAGUUCGGACUUCCAGACGCACACCUACCUCAAGGUGCUACUUUCUUGACGCAGCUGUACUAUGGGAGUAUCGGAUACAGCGUUCCGGCUUGCUUAGGGGCCGCCAUUGUCUAUCGCGAGCAACAACGCGAAGGGAGAGUGAUUUUAGUAGUCGGCGACGGGAGUCUGCAGUUGACGGUGCAGGAGAUUGGAACGAUGAUAAAGCUGGGUUUGAAGAACAUCCUCAUUGUUGUGAUCAACAACAAUGGCUAUACUAUUGAGAGGGUUAUACAUGGGCCUGAAGAAGCAUAUAAUGACAUAGCUGUGUGGAAUCAUUCUGCCAUGCUCGAGUUCUUCGGAGCUAAGAAUGGUCGAGCCUGUACUCGCGAAGUACGGACGAAGAAGGAAUUUGAUGAGGUGGCUAGCCUUCCAGAGUAUCAGCGUCCAACUUCAAUCCAGGUUCUUGAAGUUUUCAUGGAUAAAAUGGAUGUGCCGUGGAGACUGCAGAGGCAAAUUGAGAUCAUCAACGAACGAAAUGCGCAGGCCUAA